ACAUAGAAAACACACAGACAGAAAGCCUCUCACUUCUCAAAAGCCAAAAAAAAACCUUUUUUUCUCCAUACCCAAAAAAAGAGAAGAAAGAAGCAAACAUGAGCAACGAAUACGAUUACUUGUUCAAACUGUUGUUAAUCGGCGAUUCUUCUGUCGGCAAAUCGUGUCUUUUACUCAGAUUCGCUGAUGAUUCGUAUGUUGACAGUUACAUUAGCACCAUCGGGGUUGAUUUCAAAAUUAGGACGGUGGAGCAGGAUGGAAAGACAAUCAAGCUGCAAAUUUGGGAUACUGCUGGCCAGGAGCGGUUCCGGACUAUAACAAGCAGUUACUAUCGGGGUGCACAUGGGAUUAUUAUUGUUUAUGAUGUAACUGAAAUGGAGAGCUUCAACAACGUCAAGCAAUGGCUGAAUGAAAUUGACAGAUAUGCAAAUGAGAAUGUUUGCAAGCUUCUGGUGGGAAACAAAUGUGAUUUGGUAGAAAACAAGGUCGUGGACACACAGACAGGAAAGGCUUUGGCAGAUGAGCUAGGCAUCCCUUUCCUUGAGACGAGUGCAAAAGACUCCAUUAAUGUGGAGCAGGCUUUCUUAACGAUGGCUGGAGAGAUCAAGAAGAAAAUGGGUAACCAACCAGCUGGAACCAAUAAGACAGGUAGCACUGUUCAAAUCAAGGGACAACCAAUUGAGCAGAAGGGCAACUGUUGUGGCUAACUGCUGAUGCUGUAUCCCUCUGUUCCAAUUGCAAAAUGUCGAACAGAUUGUAACUAAACAUAUGUUUACUAGAAUGUCCUGUGAAUCUUCCCGUUAGUUGAAGUAUCUUUCUAACUUUGCUUCAUGUCGUUAUGUGAAAGUUGCCUGGCCUGAAACUAUAAGUCGAUUGCAUAACAGUAAGAGGCAAAUCUGAUGAGUUUCACUUUUAUGCA